CAGCAUUACAGGGCGUAUCCCAUCACACUGCCCCUCCCCCGGCCUGAGGGCUGCCAGCGCCCCCCACUUCCAGCCCCCCAUGUCUCUGAUUGUCCUGUCGUUGCUUUGCAGGGCCCGGCCGGUCCCAAGGGUGCGAAGGGAGCCACGGGACAAGCCGGCCCCAAGGGCGAGCGAGGCGUCCCCGGCCCCCCCGGACACCCAGGCCCCCCCGGGGAGGUGAUCCAGCCGCUGCCCAUCCAGCUGCCCAAGAAGAGCAAGCGGUCGAUCGACGCCAGCCAGCUGGUGGGCGAGGACGGGGAGGGGAUGGCGGCGGACGGGGCCCACGGCCACGCGGGCGGCAUGGACGAGAUCUUCGGCUCCCUCAACGCCCUCAAGCGGGAGAUCGAGCAGAUGAAGCACCCGAUGGGCACCCAGGACAACCCAGCCCGCACCUGCCAGGACCUGCGGCUCUGCCACCCCGACCUGCCCGACG